AGGUUUCAAGGCAAAGUCGGUUUGCCCUGUUUGCACCCACAGUAUAAAUAGAUAUAUUUAUGACAAAUUUCAGAAACAGAAGCAUAGCGAGGAAGAAGAUCAGACAAAAAGAAACUGCUGGAAGAUUCAGAACUGCUGAAUUAUGGAAUCCCAUACUAGUCAGCUUGAAAAAGAGCCAUCUUCUGCUCCUGCAAAGCCACCCGUUACAUCAUGCCGGAAAAAGAAGAAGGAUGAAGCCACCUUCUUGGAGGAUAUUAAGGAUCAUAUUGAUGAGUUUAUCCAUGCGUCCAUGGAUGAACACAAAACUUGCUUUAAGAAGACAAUCGAAAAGAUGUUCAGAAUGUCCAAGGUUGUUGCUGAAAGGGAUUCUGAAACAAAGGAAGUUGAAAGUUCUCUGCCCCUUAAAACGACAGUGGGAAACUAGAAUAUCUUCAUUGUAAAUUCAUCGUAGUAUUACAAUGCAGUUGGACUAGAGUAAUGGAUAAUAUAAGGCUAACUUGUGAACUUACUUUUGUUUUGUUUCGGUGGAACUGCUGCUAAGUUGUUUCACUAAAGUCAACUUUAUUGUUGUCUUGUUGAUGCUGUGAAAGUUUACUGGAAUCUCAAAGAUUUUGUUGCUUUUU